AUGUGGCCAGUGCUUCCCAAUGGAGAAAUAAAUGAGGACUUUAACUGGCCGAUCGAAGGGUCAUUGAUUCCAAACAGUCCCCCGUUGGAGAAACCAUGUCAGGAUCACCCAGACACUCACGUACCUUUGAGACUGAAGGUAUUAAGAAAUGGAGACUCAGAUCAAUGCAACACAUACAAAAUUGUGGGCCCAAACUUGUCAAACAUGCGCAAAAAGCAGUGCACGCUGAUGAUGAAUUUACCUUCCGCAGCCCGCAGACUAUUUAAUGAAAACGGUACUGAAAUUUUUCGUUUGAGAGACCUUGAAAGAGAUCAGUUGGUAUAUGCUUCAUGCGGAGAGCACUGGAUUGAUCCACAAUUGUCUGCAGCUGAGCAUAAAAACCACCUUCUGCUCAAUAACCUUGAAUCAGAUGUGGCUUUAAUUCGGCAUUAUUGCUGCUUGAGAAACCCUGACAAUUUAGUUCUUGAGGUAUGCGGUGAAAUUGCUCCAGGAGCAAAACUCUGUAUAAAUUACAGUGUGGCAGCUACAGAUGAGGUGGAAACAGCAGUAAAUGCAGAAAUGAAACCCGAAGAAACAGAUGAUCUCAUAUGGGAAGAUGACUUAGACACUCUUAUAGAUUCGCACACACGGGCACACAGGAAAGUUGAUGCCUCGUUCACAAACACAAAAUAUCCUUGGCAACAAAUACCACUGGAUGUUGAGGAGGAUGAUGAUGAUCUGCUAGACAAAGAAGCCACUGAAGAAGAACAGUACAGAUUUAGUCUAAUCAAUGAAUAUUUCAACAGGUACAAGAGAAAGGUUAUUACAUUCCAACAGAUUCACCAUCAACAGUUUGAAUAUGUGGAUGGACAGAUCAUUAGUUGUACGUUCCCUGACCUAGUUGUAGGGGUGGCUGGGGCCGAGGUUCAUGCAGGAGUCAAUGUGAUAUUAGUGGAUAGAAAUCCUGAUGAUAUACAUCAACGAUGGAAGUACCAAGAAGAAACCAGAAAGUUUCAUUUAGCUGGCAACCCAGAACUGGUAUUGGCCAUCUCAAUGCCAAAGGUGUAUCCAGGAAUGAACGAUUGGGAAGUGCAGUUCCCUGGGUGCCCCAUAAUCUUACAGAAAAAUAAAAGUCACAUAAACGGGGCUGCGAAUCAGAAAUGGAAGCGUAUUCCCGCUAUGAAAACACUAGGUGCUUUUUGUACUGAUCAGCUGGACAAAGAAAUCACAGCAGCCAAUCAGGCCUUAAUUUGCACAUUCACUGUUACCAAGUCUUUGGCAAUAAGUCAGCCGGGUUAUGCUUUCACAUCAUCCAAUGGCAGUGAGAAAGUAAUGACUUGCGAAUCCUGCGCAAGAAGCUUGAGAGGAACGAGAGAGCUGACAAAGACCUUGGCUGACAGUGCGUUCUUUUGUGCUACGGGACAAGAAAACUCUGAACUAAACCCUACAGGACCCUUUAAAUGUGCUCAUGUGAUACAGACUGAUCUAACAACGGCUGAAGCAGAAAACACUCUACAAUACCUGGAAAGGAUGCUUACUAACUUGCUGUUUGAGUGUUCCACUCAGACCAUAUCUCCAGAGAUCCCAGCUGCUAAAAGCCGAAGAGCCAUAAAGAUAAAAGCCUACAAAAACGGGGCAGGAUUUAAAAAUGGAAAACUUAUAAUUGCUGGGACAUUUGCAAUGUUGCUCAGCAAGUGUACGAGGGAGCUGAGUCUCGCCAGACCAGCCUGUAAAGUUUACACUAUGGAUGGGACUGUGAUUCUGACACUGUCUGGCUUGGUCUCAUGGGCAGUAAAUAAUUUCUUCAAGCAGAACGAACAAGCAAGAGAUGAAACAACUAAUGACGAGAGUCAGCAAGAUGUGCAGACAUUGAAUGAGAAAUCUGUAAUCAGGUGGGCUAACCCAGAAGACUUAAAUAACGUAGAUGAAUAUUUAUUGUGCUUUAUACUUCGAAACCCUAUUGAAGUCUGGGUCUCCUGCGGUGAACCUUUCCUGUCUCUCCAGGCCUUGCAGAGAUCAGAAAAGCAGGAAAAAAUAAAGUGGCAGCAAAAGGAGAAGAUUGUGACUGACCUGGAAAUGAUGAGACACAAAAUGAGACAAUUGCAAGGUCGACGUGCAAAAUAUCUCACUCCUGCAAACAUGAUACCAACAAAAAGUCCACAGCAGCCUGUGCUGGUAGAAGGUGGGUGGACACAAGAAACCAGCGAGGAAAAGAAAUUAAUGAAAGACAUGCAAAAUGUGGAGAUGCAUCUUUCGGAUAUUCAAGCUCAGCAUAUGAAGAACUCUCCUCUGCUUGCUACCAACACAGACUCCAGUCAGAAAGGGCUUUACACCAGUCUGACUAUGAAGAGAGUGUGCGCUUAUUUAAAUGGUGGUAGCGUAGAUCAAGGGGUAUUUGCCUGGGGCAGAUCUAUGGAAGAGUUGCUGGAUAACUGUGCAUCUCGAUUAAACAUGCAGCAUCAUUUAGCCAAAGUACUUUAUACUCCUAAUGGGGAAGAAGUGACAUCCUGGGAUGAAAUUAAAAAGGACAUGGUUCUAUGUGUAUCAGCUGGAGAGGCGUUCAUGAGCAAAGCAGCUAGCAGACAAAGAAUAGAAGUCAAAGCAAACUACGCCAGAAUUCGGAAGAAGUAUGGCCCGGAAGCAACUGAUGUCAUUGUAUCUGAACCCGAGAGCCUUGAUCUUCAGGGUGAAAUUCUCUUCUGUCCGUCAGAACACAGUGAACGCAAAAAGAACUAAAUAAAUUGACAUUUGAGAAGUAUUUAGCCUAAAUGGAUUACACAGUUAUGUACAAAUCAUUCCUAAGAAGGUUCUACGCAGGUUAAGAUUACUGUCAAGGUGAAAUUUAGCCUGCCACCAUAAAAUAGGGGGGAUAAUGUGAGAUUGUGACAGUAGCCUCCUCCCCCCCUUUUAAAUACCAGCUCAAACCUUUUUUAUUCUUGUAAAAAUUAAUGUUA